AUGCAAACAAAUUAUGUGGUGACAAAAGGUCGCCAUCUUCAGUGUGCCAAGCGACAACAGAUGUUGAGUAGUACCGAAAAGGAAGUUCAAACAAACUUGGAUGAACAACACUCAUCAGGAGAAUUUCGAGAAAUAGGUACAAUGACAGAUAAUAACCUUACGACAGAGAUCAACACUUUAAAGGCUGAAAAUGAAUCUCUCAGGGAUGAAGUAGAGGAACUGAAAACAAGGCAAUGGUCCAGCGAGAAGAUAAGUGGAGAUGAUAAAGCAACUCAGUUUUAUACAGGGCUCCCUACAUUUGCUGUUUUUAUGUGGCUGUUCAGAUAUUUGGAACCAAAAGCGAAUAGAUUGACCUAUUGGAAUGGAGAAAAGAAAACAGCUGAACGACAAAGAUGCAGAAGCCAGAAACUCAGUCUCAUUGACCAGUUCUUAUCAGUACUAAUGCGUUUGAAGGUUGGCCUCUUUGUGAAAGACAUUGCAGACCGUUUUGGAAUUUCUUUGGGAACAUACUCCAAGAUAUUCAACACCUGGAUAAUACUCUUACAGAAAGAGUUGGUGAUUCUGAAUCCCUAUCCAUCAAAAGCACUGGUUCAGCGAUUUCUCCCAGCAGCAUUUAAGAAGUAUCCGAACACCAGAAUUGUCAUUGAUUGCACAGAAGUGUUUAUAGAAAAACCAUCGACACUUCCAGCUCAGAAUGAAACUUUCAGUAACUACAAACACCACAAUACGUUGAAAUUUUUAGUAGGUAUAUCUCCCGGUGGACUUUUUACUUUUGUCUCAAAAGGACGGGGAGGAAGAGUCUCAGACAGAGAAAUUGUAAAGGGGAGUGGAUUCCUUGACCUCAUUAAGAAUGGAGACAAUAUCAUGGCAGAUAAAGGCUUCACAAUUGAGGACCUAUUGAAUGAGAGAUCAGCAUUUCGUAAUAUACCGCCUUUUCUAGGACAAAAUUCUCAGUUUUCUGAAAAUCAGAUUCAGCAAACCAGAGACAUAGCUGAGGUUCGCAUUCAUGUUGGACGUGCCAUAGGACGCUUAAUGAAUUUUCAUAUUUUGGAUGGUGUUCUCCCAUUAUCUUUAAAUCAUUGUGUCAGUGAUAUUUUCAGUGUUUGUGCAUAUUUGACAAACUUAUCACCACCGAUUGUUCCUACUAAUAUGUAA